GUCUUUCUAAUGAAGUUCAUUAAAUGAACUUGUUCUGAACGAUUAUUUGACGCGUGCUGCGCUCAUAUAGAAAAUUUGUGCAAAAAGUGCGAAAACAAACUAAUAAAGAAUUCAAUACAAAUUCUAAACACUCCAAAUAGCAACAACGAGAAUGUCGAACGCGGACGUGCAGUACAAUCAGGGCUUUGUUCAGUCGCAGGACAACAAUGAUGACUAUAACGAUGACAAUGAUCAGCAGCAGGACGACGACGAGCAGUACGAUAAUGAUCAGAACGAUGGCGAUGAUGACUCCAAUGUGAAGAUCGGCAGCGUCGGCGAGAGUCCUAAAUUCAUUCGGUUGCGCGGUCUUCCGUGGUCGGCCACACACAAGGAAAUUCUCGACUUUUUAGUCAAUGUUGAAGUCAUCAAUGGGUCGCAAGGCAUUCAUCUGGUUACCAGUCGUGUGGAUGGCAAAAACACCGGCGAGGCAUAUGUUGAGGUGUCUAGCCAGGAAGACGUCGAGGAGGCACGCAAACUUAACAGGGCUAGCAUGGGUCAUCGCUACAUCGAGGUGUUCACAGCCACACCAAAGGAGGCUAAGGAAGCCAUGCGUAAAACCGGCGGUCACGGUCAAGCGUUUGUUGUUAAGCUGCGCGGUCUUCCCUAUGCGGUUACGGAGCAACAAAUCGAGGAGUUCUUUGCCGGGUUGGAAAUCAAAACGGAUCGGGAGGGCAUACUUUUUGUUAUGGACAGAAGGGGUCGUGCUACUGGGGAAGCUUUUGUUCAGUUCGAAAGCCAGGACGACACUGAGCAAGCCUUGGGCCGAAAUCGGGAAAAAAUUGGGCACAGGUACAUUGAAAUCUUCCGCAGCUCAAUUGCUGAGAUGAAACGUGCCACAGGCGGCGGAGGGGGCGGUGGACGUCCGGGACCGUAUGAUAUACGUGAUCGUGGCGCUAAUCGUGGAGGCAACGAUUUCGGCGGACGAAAUGACUGGGGCAACAACAGCAACUUUGGUGUGGGCGCAAACAAUAUGUUGGGCUUUAAUAACUUGCCCAGUUUAAUGAACUCGGGUAAUUUCGGCAAUAAUUCGGGUGGAGGAGGAGGCGGCGGUGGAAGUGGUGGCGGCGGCAACAGUGGCAAUGGCAAUGGCAACAAUGGUAAUUUUGGUCAAAACUCUGGUAAUUUUGGCAAUUUUGGCAAUGAUUUUGGCGAUUUUAACAAUUUCGGAAACAAUCGCAACAACAACAAUGGCAACAACUUCGAUAUGCCUGGAAACUUUGGUAACAACGGCGGUGGUGGAAGUGGCUUUGGCAACUUUGGUAACAACUCCGGCAGUGGAGGUGGUGGCUUUAACAACGGCGGGGGCUCCGGAGGCUUCAAUAAUGGAGGAAGUGGCGGUGGUUUCAAUAAUGGUGGUGGCUCCGGUGGAGGCUUUAACAAUGGUGGUAACGGAGGAGGCUUCGGAAACUUUGGCAACAACUCCGGCGGCGGCGGAGGAGGCUUUAGCAACAGCGGCUUUAACAAUGGUGGAGGCGGCAGUGGCUUCAAUAACGGCGGCGGUGGUUUUAACAACGGAGGAGGUGGCGGCGGUGGCUUCAACAAUGGUGGAGGAAGUUUUAAUAAUGGCGGAGGCAAUUUUGGAUCGGCGGGCGGAAAUUUCGGUCCAAUUGGUGGCGGUCGAAACAAUGAUGUCGAGUACUGUACGAUCCACAUGCGAGGUCUUCCCUAUAACUCAUUUGAAAACGAUGUGUUCAAGUUCUUUGAUCCCAUUCGCCCUGCAAACGUGCGCAUCAAUUACAAUAAAAAAGGCCUGCACAGUGGCACAGCUGACGCCUACUUUGAUACAUUUGAGGAUUCACAGCUUGCAAUGAAGCGCCACCGCGAGCAGAUGGGCUCCCGCUAUAUUGAGCUAUUCUAUGAUGGCAAGACGCGUGGCGGUGUGAACAUCGGCGGCGGUGGAGGAGGUAAUGGAGGUGGUGGCGGUGGCGUCGGCGGCGGCGUUGGUGGUGGAGUUGGAGUCGGUGGCGGCAACAAUGGCGGCGGCGGCGGGGGAGGUUUCUCACGUCGCAUUUGAGCGCAUCCUUCAUUUUAAUUCCUUACAUUCACAUACGUUAAUGUAAACGCAAGUAUUUCAUAAGUUUGUGGACCACAUCCACAUCCGUCGAGUAGCACACCUCACCUACAGAUACGAGACAGAGAUUGACAAUGUCGAUAGUGCUUAGAAUAAAACAUUUUGAACGCAUAAAAAAAUACAUAUAACGCAUAAAUAAAUACUUUAUUUAAUUUAAGCAAAAUUGUAUCACUUAAUUCAAACGGCUUACACUUGUACUUAUGGAAAUCGCAAAUGUAAAGAACUUUAUUGGCCAGAAAAACCAGAAUAAUAUA